UUUAGCCGGUGAAGGUGGUUGUUGUGUGGAAAGAUCAUGAAGGAAUUUUUAAUAAUUUAAUAAAAUAAGUUUUUUUUAAAGAAAAUUUUCAAUUAAAAGGAGAUAAAUUUAAUAAAAUACAAUUUUUUAUAAAAAUAGAAAAACUUUUUUUUUAUGCGAGUGGCUAAAUAUAUUAAAAGUUUUUUAUUUGUGUUAACACAUUUCGGCCAUAAAACUUAAUUUUCAAUAAACAAACAGAAAAAAUAUUAAUCCUGUCAACAUUUUAGCUGCAAAUGGCUAAAACGCGAAUAAAAACGACACCAACACGCAUGCAAAAGGAAGCAUUAAUGGCGUCUGCAGCCGUAACCACCACCACAAAUAUUGUCACAGAACAUGUUUUCAAGAAACGUAUUAGUGUCUUAAAAAACUCCAUCACUGCCAAGGACUCGACGUCAAUGACGACGACUGCAACAAUGCCCCUACAACAAUCGACAAUAAUUGUUCAACCACCGAAACGUACAAAUUCCAUAUCAUCUACAACAUCUAAUAUCUCGCACACAAGUGAUGGCAGUCACUCUUGUGCCGAAUCACCGCCACCAAAUAUUUCGACAACACCCACACUACAACAGCAGAGUCAAGGUCCAACAAUGGCUGAACUAACGGAGAAUGCUAUAAAAACCUUAAAUGCUGGUUUGCUGGCCAAAUCAAAUGCUUUAGCAUUGAAAAAUCGUAAAGUCUAUAUGAUAACAGAGAAAUUUGAUGAUGCUGCAACAAAUGGUGGCCAUAUUAAAGGAAGUGGAGGUGGUGCAGCUGGUGGCAUUAACAAUGGCCUGGCUACGGGUCAAAAACGUAAAAUGUACUUAAUUAUGGAGGAAAAAGAAAGUGAUAGAAUUGGUGGUGGUGACCAAGCGGAGAAACUAAUGAAAAUGGAUAAUACAAAUAACUCUAAGAAAUUGACUUUAUUUACCGAUACCACCAAUGGACAAUUGCCACAGAAAUUUGAAAAGAUUUUACCCGAAAUACUCAAUUGUAUACAAGCGAAAAAGGGUAGUAAUAGUGUUGGUGGCUCUAUCAAUAAUAUUCCAGCAAUAAAUGGUAAAACAGAAAUUGUAACAGCUGAACAGAAUACAAACGCAUCGAGGAGCCUAUUGAAAAUCAAUGAAAACAAUGAAAGACUGCCUUUAACUUUGCCACCAAAAAAGAAUCGUACCAAAAUAAUUACCACACAAAUAAUACCAGUCAAUGCCACAACACAACAACAUGCCAUAUACCAUCCACAACAACAACAACUACAAAGUAAUGGAAUUGAUAAUUGGCCGCCCUUGGCAGCCUCUGGAGGAGUAGUAGUAACGGGUGUGACCAAUAACUUAAAUUAUAACAGCAAUAAUAAUAACAAUGGUUUUUGUAAAACCGAGAAAUCUAUUGGUGCUACACCGGUCAUUGUUAAUGCCUCCACUUUACUAAGCAACAGCAAUAACUCUGCUAACGGCCUUAAACAAAGCAAAGAAAAUGGUAGUGUUAGUAGUGUAGGCAACAGUUCCAACAAUCAAUUACAUAAGAAUAUUAAUCUAUCCACUGAUUUUCUAUUCCUCAUGAAAAUGUUGCCCAAACUGGAGAGUAUUGAGGAGCCACAAAAGACUUAUGUUAAGACCUGUAUUGAAGAUAUUAUUAAUCAAUAUGCUGCUAAUGAAAAUCUGGAACAAUGAACUGUAUUGUAAUUGUAAAGGACUUUUGAAAUUACAAACUAAUUUUGAUAUUUUAUACUAUUUUUUUUUUAAUUUUUAUCGAAUACUUUACUACUUUAUUAGUAUUAAUGGAAACCAAUUAUAUAUAUCUUAAGUUCAUUAAAAUAUCAGAAAAUUUCACUUUAGCAUUAUAAUUCAUUAAAUCAUUAUUUCUUUCAUUCAUUUUUAAUAUAUUUAUCAUAAUCAUAAUAUCUUUAAGUAAGUAAUUUAAGCUUCAUUACAUGCAUAUUUCAUCUAAUAUACAUACGUACAUGAAUACAUACAUACACACAUUCACACAAUACAUAAAUUCAUUAUUACAUACAUUUAACUGGCAUUAAAUAUAAAAAACUCCAUUCAUUCAUUCAUAUAUUUCAUUUUCAAAAUGAAGACUGACAGUUUUAAAACUGCACAAUUUUUAGAAUUUAUGUUUUAUAUACAAUUAAAAUAUAAUUUUAUAUACAAAAUUAAAUUUUAUAUAAAAAAAAAACAAUCAAUUUAAAAUUUACUAUUUGCAAGUGUGAAUAAAUUACAAUUAGCAUUUACAUACAAAACUCGAAAUACAAUUAAAAGCAAAAUACAAUAAGAAUUUAUAUGAUUAAAUUAUAUUUUCUUAAAAUUUAAU